AUGGCACCGUCUUCUUUCUCUCCCGACACGUCUACAUCAUCUCGCACACUUUCGAUUGGCUCUACACAUCCACCCCCAAUGGAGCUUCCUCCCACCUCCACUGACCCAGCUGCGACUCUUCUGGUAAAGCCACUCGCCUUUUUGCAGCCGACGACACAGUUGAAUGCGUCUUUCCUCGCUGCAGCAAAACGAUACUUGGAUCCGGUUGCCGCGGGUGUCAGCGAGUCGCAAGCUUUGCGCCAGCAAGAUCUGCGCAAGAAGCGGAAACGGGGAGGAGGAUACAACGAUGACAUUAGAGUAUUGCAUCUGAAGAAGGUGCAUCUAGAUGGCUUCGGAGUCAAUCAGGUCUUUGAGCAGACCAGAAAGAUUGUCGAGGCAGCAACGGACGAAAUCGAAAUAUCCCUACCUGAAGAAAACGAGGACGGUGUCGUCGCCGUCCAUGACGACGACGAUGAUGCGCAAGAUCUGGACGAGGCAGAGGAAUAUCAUACGGAUUCAAGUAUAGGCGAAGAAGGCGUAGAAUGGGAGUACGAUGGUGUAGACGAGGAUGGAGACGAGAGCGGAGACGAGGAAGCGUCCAGUGGCGCACUUUCCGGCGACGAGGACAUGGGAAUGGAUGAUGAUGCUGAGGGCAUGUUCUCCGAAGAAGACCAAUCAGAAGAUGAACCUGCCGAAACAUACGUGCCUGAUCCAAAUGGUCUCAAUGACGGCUUCUUCUCCAUCGAUGACUUCAACAAGCAGACGGAUUUUCUCGAACAGCAGGAUCAACGUGGCGAAGCAGCAGAAAGCGAUGACGAGGAGAUUGAUUGGACGGCUGAUCCCAUGUCAGGCAAGAGUAAAGCACAAGAUGCAGAUGACAUGGGUGACGACGAAUCUGAUGCUGGGGGACCAACUUUCGGCAAUGCUGAUCUUAAUGCGCCAGAAGGUGAUAGCGAUGACGAUGAAGAAUUCGAAGAGGGUGAUCUGGAUGCCAUGGACGACGGAAUGAAUGCCAACAACAUCAUGUACGCUGAUUUCUACGCACCACCGGCGAAGAAAGUCGGCAAGAAUAAGAAGAAGCGGGGACGGCCAAACCCUCACAACUUCCCAGAGAAACAAGCAGAACCAGAAGCCAUCACCGAGGAGGAAGUUGAAGGAACCAUGGCUAGGGUCCACAGAGAUUUGUUCGAGGACGACGAUGACGCCGAAAGCAACGGCGAUCUUUCAGAUUUGGACCCUUCAGAUCCAAAGUCACGACGAUCCACACACGAACGACGACAGGCAAAGCUAGCAGAAGAGAUCAGGAAAUUAGAAGCAGCGAAUGUUGCGAAGCGUGAAUGGCAGCUUUCUGGUGAGGCUCGCGCAGCAGAUCGACCCCUCAAUUCGCUUCUUGAAGAAAAUCUUGAGUUUGAGCGGGCUGGAAAGCCUGUACCCAUUAUCACAGCAGAGGUUUCAGAAGACAUCGAAGCGCUGAUCAAGCGAAGGAUCAUUGCUGGCGAGUUCGACGAAGUAUUACGACGUCGUCCCGACGAUCUUGCCACAGGACCUGUGCGACGUGGACGCUUUGAACUAGACGAUACCAAAUCUGGAAAGGGGCUAGCUGAGCUAUAUGAGGAAGAUUUGCUGAAGGAGACCGAUCCUAAUUAUGUUGACGCAAAAGACGACAAGCUCAAGAAGGAGCAUGACGAGAUCUCAGCACUAUGGAAGAGCUUAUCCGCCAAGCUCGACUCCCUCAGCUCCUCGCACUUCAAGCCUAAACCUGCAGCCGCCAACCUCGAGAUCCGUGUCGAUGCACCCGCCAUCGAAAUGGAAGACGCGCGGCCCACUGCCGGCGGCGAAGUGGCUGGAGCUAGCAUGCUCGCUCCCCAAGAAAUGUACAAGCCUGGUGAGGAAAAGAGCAAGACUGAAGUUGUUACCAGUGGUGGUAUGCCUAUUGCUCGUGAAGAAAUGACAAAGGAAGAAAAACUAAGGCGGCGCCGGAGAGCGAAGGAGAAGGCGAAGAAGGCUGGUCUCAAUACGCCAAAGGACCAGAAGGUGGAGAAAAAGGAAAAGAAGAAGACAGAGAAGAAACAGCUCAUUGGUGAUUUGAAGAAAGGUGGUGUACAAAUCAUUGGACGAAAGGGUACGCUUACCGAUGUCGAAGGAAAGGAGGUUAAGAAUACGGCAAAGAAGGGUGCUGGUAGCUACAAGCUAUGA